UAGCUUAUAUAAAGUAAGUCGAUAUUCUAAAAUCUUCCACAUUUUGCUUACAACUUACAACUUCAUUCGAGUCUAGACAAUAUGAGAGAAAUGGUAUUUUUGGAAAAAUUCAAUGGCUAAUACGUUUUUCAAUUUUGAUACUAGUUUAAAUGGUGAUGAUCAUUUGCUUGCACCUGAUGAUGAUGAUUGCUUAGAAAAUGAGGAAGAAUAUGAUGCACUUAAUGAUGAAACAUUCGGGGAAGAUGUCUCUAGUUUGGAUGACUGGGAACAGCAGCACGAACAAUUCGCAGAAAUUGCAAAAAAUUCUAUACAUGGAGAUAACAUAGAAAAAUCUGUAUCGCAGUUGGUUCUUCAUGAGCAUGAAGACCGUGUAUCAUUGUCUAGCUCUGUUUGGUCAUAUACUCCUUCAGCUAAAAAUGGAGACGUCUAUAAUGGCUCAGUUUUAUCUUCUUCUAAAACAUUUAUUGAUUCUCGUGACAAUAUACCCAGCAACCUCGAUAGUGUAUUGCCGACGCCAAUAUUGCCUGCGCAACCCAAGAAAAUUUGUACUGUCGAAGAACUGGAAAAAAGUCUUAUCAACUCAAGUAAGAAUGCUGCAAAAACUCCAACUCCAGCUCAUACCUUACCUCACCCGGCGAAUCAUCCUCAGCAAUUACCCAGGCCACUAUUACCUGUACCUAACCAGCAUCAGACACAUGGUUUUCAUCCGAUAUUGCAACAUCCCCUUCCAAAUACUAGACUUCCACCUCCUGGUUUACCUCCAAUGGGUAUCCCACCACCGGGACUGCGACCCCCUUUGAACGCACAUCCAGCAAUGCUACCACCUGGAAUGUUACGGAUGAUACCACCUCAUCCUCAGUUUAUGCAAAAUGGUCUACAUCGACCACCUGGAUUUUUAUAUCCACCCCAUAAUCAAUAUCCUAUUGGUCCUCCGUUUACUUUUCCACCACCACCACGUAAUAUGACCAAUAUGAAUCCCCAACAACAAGUCCGAUUACACCAUAACAUCGGUCAGCAUCAACAUCCUCCACAUCAAUUAAAAGAAAGAUCUAGAAUCGACAGUGGUAAUUAUCGACAUCCGCAUAAAGAUCAAGAACCUAAAGAUGAAUAUGCUGGUUUAAUGUCCAUGAAGGAAAAACAGUGGUUGCUGAAUAUUCAAAUGCUACAAUUAAAUACAGGGACACCAUAUUUUGACGAUUAUUAUUAUACAAUAUUUAAAGAAAGGAAAGCUAAAAAUAACAAAGAAAAUGAGCGCAUUUCCCACCACAUAAAGAGAAUACAUAGAAAUAGCGAUAGACAGGAAAAUCAAAAUACGUUAACACCAAAAGUUUACACGCCGCUACAAUUUGAAAAUUCUCUAGGAAAGUUACAGUGCGGUUCAGUGACAGCACCAAGGAAGAUUAUAGAUAUGGAUAUUGUAACUCCAGACAAAGAUACCGAUAAUCCUCAAGUAUCUAGAGAUACAAGAAAGACCAAGCAAUUAUUGUUAGAAUUGGAAGUGUUAUAUUCAUUGCUUCUUAAAGCAGAAGAUAUCAAUAAUCCUUUGUAUAUAAGCAAUAUGGACAAAUUAAGGGAAAUCAAGCAAAAACAAAGACUUAGAGAAUUAGAUUUAGCACCUACUCCGGAACAAAAAAGGGAAGUUUUGAGAUUGUUCAAGUUGGAAAGCGAAAUUGUUAUUGAACACCAAUAUGACUAUAUCAUGAAAAUUACUCAAGGUCUUUUACAGGAAGAUAAAAUAAGCAGUUAUCUCAAUAUUAGGAAAGGAAAGAUGUUGCUCUUGAGACUUUUGCCUCAUCUUUCAAUAGAUAUGUUUGGUACACAAUUGUUAGAAUUGUGGAGUAAAGUUCUCCUCACUUUACCAGUAACUGGAAGAAGGGACACUGCUGGUGAUAAUAUUUUACCUAAAUUUUAUCCGUUUCUCAAAAGGUACAUACAGUCUAGUAAUAUGUCUGAUAUCUUAGAUAUUGUUACUGGUUUAGUGGAGGUAGUUAGACAAGAAAAUAAUAGGAGUACACCUUUAAGUCACGUGGGAAAAUCACCCUUGUAUUUUGUGUUGUUAAAUAAGUUUGGCGUGUCAGCGUUAGUAGUAUUACUAAUAAGAGUUGAAUGCCUCCUAUCAUCAGAUUCCGUAACGGAAAAACAGCAAAAUACAUGGUCGAAUUUCUUGGUCAGCUGGGCGCAACAAAUAGAAACUGUUAACAAGAUACCUACUCCCAUAGAUACUAUACCAGCGCCGAUAUUUGACAAGCACUGCAAUCGUUUUAAUAUUUUAAAAUUUGACAAGAGAUCAUUGUUGGAAAAAUAUUUUGUUGAUUGUAAUUCCACCAUUUAAAUAAAUAUAUUAGCAAUUUAUCUCCCAUAUUUCACUUUUAACUUCGAGUUAAGUGAGAUAUGAGUGAUUAAUGAAAAAUGUGUAAAAAAAAUUAAGAGAAAAAUGAUUUCUUCAAUUUUGUAUGCUUGUAAUUUAACUUAUUAUCAAUUUUUUUUAUAUUCUUACUUUAAAGAGAUCUAUGUACAAUACUUGAAAAGUGUAAGGUGAGUCUUUUUUGUAUUAAUUGUUUUUACAAAAAAAAAACUAGAUUUAUUAUCGAAAAUUGAUAUUUGUUGAUAAAUGGAUUAGUAUGUUAAUACUAAUAUAGGUAGCCUAAUGUACAUGUCAAUUUUUAUUAUGUGGAUUUGUUUGUUUCGAAUAAUUUUUAUUGCAUGCAUAGUCGGCACUUAGAUAUUCAUUUCUCCACCAUAUCCUGGUAAUCAACUUCAACUAACAAAUGACGUUUCUGAGCAAAUAAAUUUCUCAACAAGUUAUUAAUCGUUUUCAAAAUUUGAUCUCGAUAUCUUAGAUCAUGUUUAAACUAGUUUACGAAUCCAAUAAUAUUGAACCUCUUUGUAUUCUGUUUUGUUAUAAAAGUGAUUAGUUUCACAUCCUAUUGUAGAAUUUUUAAAAACAAUCUUCACAAUAAUAAAUUUUACAAAGAAAAUCUAUAUCUUUGGAUAUUUUUAAAACCUCUUGUAAUCUUGAAAUAAUUAGCAAUAUCGGUUAGUAGUUCAUUUGACCCAUUUCAAUUUCAUUUUUUUCCUAGUAAUCCAUGUGAUUUUUUUAGUGGCAGUUUAAGUUGUCCUUAUAUUGAUUGUAAUGUAGAGUCAUUUGGACCUUAACAGAAUUUCGUUUGGUAGUUCGUUUAUUCCAUUUUCAGUGUUUUCUUGGUCAUCCUACUUCUUUUAUUGACAGUCUUGAUUAUAUGUAAUUUAGCACAAAAUAUUUUAUUUUUAGUUUGACUUGAUUUGGAAAUUGGCAGAUCUUUCCACAAACAUCAACUAAAUGUGUAAAUUUGUAUCUUCAAUGAGCUUUAGGAUUCCUAUUAGUAGUUCAUUUGUUCCUUUUUCAUUGUUUUCCUGGUCAUUCUUUUAUUUCUGUUGGUAACAGUCAAAUUAAGAUUAUGUGUACUUUGGUGCAUAAUUAUUUUGUUUUUGAUUCGGAAUGGAAAUUGGCAGAUUUUUCAACAAAUAUAAACUAAAAGUGUAAAUCUUCUAAAAGUUUUAGGCAUUUUAUUGGUAGUUUAUUUGUUUGUUUAUCAGCUUUAAUUUGAUGCCUGUUGGGUUGAAUACGAUACUUUUUGACUUGAUUCAGAAUAGAACUCAUUGAUUUUUUCAUAGUUUGUUUCGGUUGAAAUGAUAGUGAUAGCAAAGAUUUUUUUGUCUUUGGUAGCUGUAUUAUUAUUAUUAUUUUGUAUAUCUUAAUCUGCAGUUUUGCAGUCUUCAUUUUAGAAUUCUUUUAGGUUGACGAUCAAGCAUUUUGAGUAGCACGAAUAAGCCUCAUUUGUACUAAUAUUUUUUAUACUAAUUAUGUGAGUGGAUGAAAUUUUCCAUGAUAUCGUUGAGAAAAUUUCAUGAUUAUCUUAUUUGCUGAUGGAUAAUUAAGUAGGUCAGAUAUAAAAAAAAAUAUGACAGAUUAUGUAAAUAAAAUGCAAAUUUUUAUUAAAGCAUGGUUAGAAAAGUUUCCAUUUUAAUACGUUUUUAUUAAAAGUAAAAUAGUUUUUAUGGUAGUGACAUUCACUUUUUGGGUAUUUGUAACGUUUGUUAUAUGUUUAGAAAAUGUUGAAAGCUUCAUUAAUUAGUGUAACUUCUAAAUUCUUUGAUAAAUAAAUAUGUGAGAAUUUCUAGUUUCAACGUGUAUUUUCUUAUAAAACCGUUACAAGUAGAUUAGAAAAGUAAAUGAAAAAUUUUUAGCUUUUUCUGAAAGUAUGUUAUUUUUUUCCCUUCACUUUCAUUUCGGGAAAGACUGAAUUUAACUUGCAAACGGUACUGAAAUUUUUUUUAACUUAUGUAUUGUAUUUUUAAUUUUAUUGAUUUUCAGAUCACAAAUAUAAGAAAAGUCAUAAAAUAAUUUUAAAAAGCAUAUCUCGUUGUGAAUUUUAAUUUAAUAAUAGGUGUAAUGGAAUUAUUUGUUGAUCUUUUUCAUGUUUUGAUGUCUAAGAUGGGCUACCAUUCUGGUUAUUGUAAUUUUUUGAUUAUUCACUAAUCUCAAUACACCUAUACCCAAAGUGUCUUAAUAUUAUUGCACUUCUAUUUUAGUCCAUUGGAACAACUGUUCCAUAAUAACUUCCGUAGUUCGUAUUCAUGUCUCGUAAAGAAGCACUGAUGAUAUUCCGAAACUUGUGCAAUAAUCUUUUGAUGAUUUCCUCAAUAUACUUCUUUUCAGGUUUUGUCCCUUUUUGACCAUCGGUUACUUUAUAUUGGUAGGUGUCUAAACCCUUAUGCUUUUAUUUUCUCAUAUAGCUUGUCUUACAUCUUCAUUUUUUCUUUUCUUUAAAUAGGAUUUUUCACUACCAAUAUUUUUGGUUUUCAUUGUGUUCUUAUUGGAUCAUGUUUAGCGUAGAAAGUGAAAACCUUUCACAAAUACCAAGUAUUCUAUUAAUUGAACUGAAAUAACUGAAUUUAUUUUUAAACGCGUCCUAGUCUAAAUCCAGAUAAACAAAUUAUUUCCAGUAUAUAGCCAGAAUAAUAGUCGAUCUUAUUAAAAAAAAUAUAGUUUUAAGUAACAACAAAUACAAUUACAUCUAUUAUAGUGUUUGAUAUUAAUUGUUGUGGUACAUAUAAAUUGAAAUAAUUGGUGAAAAUUUAAAUAAAAUGUAGUUACAUUAAUUUAAAAAACAAAUUCAGUUAUUUUUAUCAAAAGUUGUUUUUAAUCGUAUUACUAGUUUUUAGAAGUUUAUUUGACCCACUUCCAUUUUAGUAAUCAAUAAUUUUGUUGUACGCUUUUUUAACUUCUUUCGAUCUUCCUCGAUUGUGUUUCUUUGGUCCUUAUCGUAUCUAAAACAAAUUAUAUGGAAUGUAGCACAGAACAAUUUUGUGUUGUACAUAAGCUUUAAAAUUUCUGUUAGUAAUUAAUUUGGUCUCUGUCCGGUUUUUCUGGCCAUCAAUAAUUUUGUUGUAUGCGUUUACAACUUCUUUUAGUAGUUCAUUUGGUCCCUUUCAUCAUUUAAUUUUCAUCCUGGUUAUCCAUCUGCUUUUUGUAGUAUCACAAGUGUACUAUAACCUUUAUAAUUUCUUUUAGUAGUUCAUUUGUUCUGUUUCCAAUUUUCAUGGUACCAACUGGUAAUUAAUUUGCUUCUUUUGGUGCUACAGUCAAAAGUAAUGCAAAAUGAUCUUAGUAUAAGUUUUGAAACUUAUUUUAAUAGUUCAUUUGGCCCCUUGCUUGAUUUAGUUUUUUUCCUUUUAGUGUCUUAAAAAACCAAGUCAUUAUUACUUGAAAUGUAGAAAAUGAUUUUGUUGUAAAGUUUUGCAAUUUCUUUUAGUAGUUAAUUUGUUCAUCAUAUAUUGUAUUAUUUUUUUUCAUCAAUUAUUUUGUUGUUAAAGCAAGUUUCUUCAGUAAACUGUAAUUUCUUUUAGUGGUUCAUUUGUUCCCUGUCCAAUUUUCAUUUUUUCCAAGUUAUCCAUCUGCUUCCUCAAGUUCUUAAAAAAGUUUUUGGGCUAAAUUAAAAACUCUGAUACUAAUUUUGAAUUGUGUGAUUAGUUUUUCACCUAUUAACAAAAUAAUUUUCCAGUUAAUCGUGUAUGGACUAAAAAUUGUUUCAAUUUACUUUUUUAUUGUUACAAGAAAUUCUUGUUUCUUUAUUAUAAUAUGUUAAUUUUUGUUCAGAAGUUGUUUCCUUUAUUUUUCACUAAAGUUUUAGACUUUUGUCAACUAAUGUACAUUUUCACCACGUUAUGCAACAUAAUUCUAGUUUUAUGCAAAAUAUAUAAAAACAAAAAGUACAUUUUAAAUAUUUGAUAUUUUUGUAUUGUUUUAUUUUUAUCAUUUAUUAAUCUCCAAUUAUUCAUAAAAAUAGUGUGUCUAAAGCGGACUUUUCCCGAAGUAAGAUAUUUGUUUAUGAUUACAUCGGGAAAUAACACAAGUAAAUAUGAUGUUUAUCCGUUUUUAAUAUUUUUAGUUUUAAAUCAGAUAUCGGGAAUAUGUUUGAAUGAUAUCGUUUAUAUGAUAACUAUGAAGCUUCUUUCAAAUAGAUAGAAACUGUCGAACGUAUAUUAAUAAAUUGUUUGACUCUU